UUCACUCACUCUUCGAAGAAAAGCCUUUUUGGAUCAUUUCAACAAGACAAAGAUGACUUCUCCAUCAUCAACCUUCAGACCAAAGUUAACCGAUAAAGAGUAUUUGGAGCUUGUGUUUGAGAAUGGGCAGAUUCUUGCUAAGAGCCAAAGAUCCAACGGUUUUUCUCAGCAGAAUCAACGUACAAAAACGAUCAUGGAUUUGUACGAGGCUGAGUAUAACGAGGAUUUCAAGAAGAGUAUCCAUGAUGGUGGUUUCAUCAAGAAUCUUGGGGAGACGCAGGUUGUUCCAGAACAUCAAGUUGUUGCUGCAUAUGAAACAAACAUGUUGGAAAGCAAUAAUAAACAUGUUGAUGAAUCAACUUUGAUUCAGACUUUGAAAGCUUCUUCAUCGAAAAGGAUUGUGGUUGAUCAUGAGAACCCACAAAUUAUCGAGUUUAUACCUCCCGAUGAGCAAUCUGUGGUAGCUGAAAGGUCGGUCUACUCGGCCUUUGACUCCACAGAUUUCACUGAGGACAGUGGAGGAUCGUCGUAUCUAAGCAGUAGUCUAGAUGAUGAGUCUGAUGGUGGAAGACUACGAGUUCCUGAAAAAACAGGAAAAGCUUCGGUCAAGAGAAGACGAAGCAAAGAGCUUUAUAAUUCACCUGAAAGAAAGGAAAGAAACGAUAUCAACAAGAAAAUGCGUACUUUGCAGGAUCUACUACCUAAUUCUCACAAGGAUGACAACGAAUCAUUGUUGGAUGAAGCAAUCAAUUAUAUGACGACCCUUCAACUUCAAGUUCAGAUGAUAACGAUGGGUAACAGAUUUGCUACACCAGCAAUGAGUUUGCCUUUGGGGUCACAUUACUCUCAGAUGGGUCUAGCAACAGGUAUGCCAAUGAGCGUACCACAGUUUCUUCCCACGCCUUUUCUUGGGGCUGGCUUGCCAGGUAUUAGUCAUUCAGAAGAUAUGCUACGGUUUCUUAGCCAUCCUGGACUAAUGCCAAUCCAAAACUCUGCACUUUUCACUCCAAUGGAAAACUGCCUCCCUCAAUCUGUCCCGCCAUCGUGUGCUGCUUUCCCUAACCAGAUACCAAAUCUAGAUGAUGCAAGAACAGUUGGAGGAUUUCUCUCUGGUAAAAAAAAAAAAAUCUGAAAAACCGUGAGCAGAUGAAAUAGACAGUGGUGAUAGUUACCUGCUGAUUUACUGGAGCCAUUUCAAGUGGAAUCAUACAGGUCCAAAAGAGCACUACAACAUCAGAACAAAUUAAUAAGAAAGGAUCUGUUUAAGUUUAUCUUUUGUAGUGCUUGCUUUUCUAGUUCAUGUAACAUAAAGGAGAAGAGCUAAUAAUAAUCUCGAGUUUUA